AUGGAGCAAAAUACAAAGCUAACAAUGCUCUUCCAAUUUUCUAUCCUUCUGCUUGCAUUGGCCACUGUCACUAGCGAGGCCAUCUCUUUUGGCCCUAAGUUCCAUGUCCACAUUGUGAAUGGUUUUAAGACCGACGUGCUCUACAGUCACUGCAAAUCAAAGGACGACGAUCUUGGCAUCCGUCAGACCAGUCCAGGUCAAGAGUAUGAAUGGUCAUUUCACUUAAAUAUCUGGGGCACUACCCUAUACUUUUGUUCCUUUUGGUGGGUGGGGGGACAUCACCAAAACGAUGUGUUUUGGAACAAGCAUGGGUUUAUUUAUGAUUUCUGUGGUGUGAAGAAUUGUAUUUGGAAGCUUCAAGAGGAUGGGAUUUACUUGUUCAAAUCCUUGACUGGCACAUUUGAGUUGAUGUAUGAGUGGGAUAAGUGA